CACCCAGCCUGGCUGUAGGGCCGGCCCUGGGAGAAUGUGUCCUUCUAUUUAAAAUGCAUCUCUGGGUUAUUUGUGGGGCAUAGGAAUUCGUUCAUUUUUAUUUUUUUCAAAAUAUAGUCCGCCCCCCCCCAAGGUCUGAGGAACAGUGGACCGGCCCCCUGCUGAAAAGGCUUGCUGACCUCUGUUCUGUGGACUUGAAAACGAAAAGGGUGUCUUAUUAAGAAUGUCGUUACUAUCGGCAGCAUGCUUGACAGUGGCUCGAAGGUGGGAGGAUUUAGGAGACAACUCGCUGUCGGAAUGGUUCCUACAAACUGGGGCAAAAAAAACUGAUGCAAAAGGUGAAAUACAGGAACAAUCUUUAAAAGAGAAAAGGAGAGUUUUGAGCGGCAUGGGAUCUCCUUAUUAAAUACGUGGCAGAAAAGGAACAUCACUGGCAACCACCAGCCACUUGUGGCCUUCUGUGGAGUGACAUAAGAUGACACUGUAGACAGAGAGAGAGAGAGAGAGAGAGAGAGAGAGAGAGAGAGAGAGAGAGAGAGAGAAAGAGAGAGAAUGAGAGAAUGAAUUGCGGUCAUAAGUAAAGUAGAGCAAAUGUUUUACAGUACAGUACAGUAGACUCACAACUCACAUGUCAUUUACUUACUUGAUUGCAGCUUUGCGCUGGUGGCAAGAAAAUAAAUAAAUGGAGGUGGGGGAGUCAGAAGGGGCAAUCUGAGAUCUCUUGUGACCAUCCCAGAGCUCUGGAUAGGUAGGGAUGGUCGUGCAGGCAACAGUUCUGGGAACAUCCUAGCUUUAUGUGUUUCUGCCUUUGCGUGUUAACCCUUGCAUAAGUUGCAGGUCCACUCUGCAUCAGAGAUCUAACCGAUGCUCAUAACUGUAUGCUGCUUAUAUGUUUAUGAUGCUAUACUUUGUUUUGUUUUUGUCACAAAAGCAACUAAAAUCUUUUUUUUUUUAAAGGAACUAGUAACUUUCAGGAAAGAGAAAUGUGGUCCGUCUGGUGGUGCUAACAUGAUGGGUUUAGCAGCCUUUGCCCACCAGAUAUUUUGGCCUACAAUAUGUGUCACCUCACUGGAAGGACAGAUCCUGAAGCUGAGGUUCCAAUACUUUGGCCACCUCAUGAGAAGAGAAGACUCCCUGGAAAAGACCCUGGUGUUGGGAAAGAUGGAGGGCACAAGGAGAAGGGGACGACACAGGAUGAGAUGGUUGGACAGUGUUCUCGAAGCCACCAACAUGAGUCUGACCAAACUGUGAGAGGCAGUGGAGGACAGGAGUGCCUGGCGUGCUCUGGUCCAUGGGGUCACGAAGAGUUGGACAUGACUAAACAACAACAACAUGUGCCACCUCCAGUGAGCACAGCUGUCCUCCCAAAGGCCCCUAGCAUCACACAGCUGUGCUGACUGGGGCUGAUGGGAGUUGUAGGCUGUCACAUCUAGAGGGGAGCCAGGUUGGUGAAGGCUGAGCUGUAGGACCCUCCAUAUCCACAGGCUUUAUGCCACUGAGUGCCAGAUGCUGGAGAUAGCUGUUGCCUUAAUGCCAUGCUUGUGGGCUUCCAGGAGGCAUGUGUUUGGUGGCUGUCACUGAGGAGAACAGGGUGAGGGACUAGAUGGGCCUGCCUUGGUCUCAUCCUAAGGAAAGAAUGGCAAACUUUUGGAAAGAUCAUAGAAUCAUAGAGUUGGAAGAGACCACAAGGGCCAUCCAGUCCAACCCCCUGCCAAGCAGGAAGCACCACCAAAGCAUUCCUGACAUAUGGCUGUCAAGCCUCUGCUUAAAGACCUCCAAAGAAGGAGACUCCACCACAAAGAAAAGUUGUCCCCUUUCUUUGUCCCUUGCACUUUUGCCAGCUUUGAAUAAACAUUACAGACCAUGUCCCGGAUCCAAAGAAUUGCGAAAAACAAUUUGUUGAAUCCAGAAGGACUUCGGGCUUUUUUUAUUUGAGUGCUUCUGCUGUGUCACAUAGCAAGCUGCAUUUGAACCCGAGGGAGGUUGUUAUAAUGGUAUUGUGGAGUGCAGGGGUGUCUUCCAGCUAGCCUUCCCUUCCCUUGGGCCACCACAGGCCCAGUGUGGUGUAGCAUUGAAACUGAUGUGCUAGAGACCCAGGCUGAAAUCUUAACAACCGUGAAAGCUCACUGUAUGACUUUGGCUUAGCCAGUUAUAUAUCUCAGCCUUAACCUACCUCACAGGGUUGUUGUGAGGAUAAAACGGAGUGGAAGCAGGGCAGGGUGUAGGGUUGCCAGACUCAAUAGAGGACAGGACUUCUGUGCCUUUAAUUGCCCUGCUCUCUUUUGAGUCUGGAAACCUUAAAGAGAAACCAGCAGGCCCUUUGUUUAAUUUCCAAGCAAAGGGUCUGCUGGUUUCUCUUGGGUGAGAAGCUGUAAGCUCCUUGGAGGAGAGUCUGAAUAGCAAUGUAAUCAAUAAGUAUUAUUUGAACCCUGACGGUAUAUUUACAGAAAUUAAAUGAGACUCGUUUUUCUGUUCAGACUACUGGCUCUGAACAAAAUUGCCUUUGGCUUGUAGCAUCUGGCAUGUUGAAUUGGGGGCGGGUGGAGUGUCCUACUGAGGACAGUCCUCUCUUUGGAAGGGCUGAGUCUGCUCCACAUUUGAUCAAAUCCUAAGAAGGGAGAUCGGGAUGUUGAAAUUGUCCAGCAACAUAUUUUUUUAAUGGAUGUUUAUAUUUUUUGUGUCACACACACACACACACUCACUUGUAAACCAUUUGGCUCAUUAUGUGGCAUAUAAACAAAUAAUCAUCAUAAUGAACACCUCCCGGACAGCAGACUGUAGUCCUGCAUACAGCUCACCUGAUCACUCUUUCUCUAUACCAUGAGAUGUGUCUCUAUUUAAACGAGAGCAAUUAUUUCUGAGGCUGCAUAGACACACUGUACUUUAAAGAGCGCAUAAUUUUUUGAGAGGAAAGAAUGCGAUUCGAAUGUGCUCCAAAGGUACAUUGUGUAUGUACACAGCCUAAAUCUGCAGCAGUGCAUGAUAAAUUAGCCUGUGCAUAUUUUAUGCAAAUCUGUUGUGUUUGUUGGUGAUGCGUGACCGGCCAAGUUAGUCCAGCAUGGAAAGAUGGGGAUGCUGAGGAGUGGUGGUAGUGCAAGCUGCUGUCGCGGCACUGCUGCUUUAAUUCACCUCUGUGCCACCCGUCGCCAGCCCUCUUCUAUCCUCCACGAAGGGAACAGCUGACCUGGUGUGACCUUGGUUAGCUUGAGUGCCUUAGGCUGUGUGUGUGCACGCGUGUGUCUAUUGUUUUUUUGGGGAAGGGAGAGCAUACUUGUAUGGUUUGCUGUUAAGCCUUUUCAUUGGAACGGCUUGCUGCGAAAAGCAACCGUCUUCUCCCCACCCCCCACCCUAAGUUGUAAAUAAAAAAUAAAAUAGAAGCCGAACGUGUCCUAUAAACAAGGCGCACAAAAGGCCAGGCGGGGUUAAUUCUUUGCCACCUUCUGUUUGACAAGUAAGAUUAGGGCUGGCACUUCACCCUGGCCAUGCCUUAUCGAUUAGCGCUAAGGAGAUUACUUGGUUGUUCCAGAAGGGCCGGGGAAACUUUUGCAGCUCCUGUUGUCUGUAGGAAUUGGGUGCCUCACGCUCCAGGCUCUGAUGCAGGCUGAUGGCAAAGGCAUUUUCCAUUGCUAAUGCUUUUUCUUCUUUUUUGGUAAUUACACACACACACACACACACACACACACACACACACACACACAGAGAGAGAGAGAGAGAGAGAGAGAGAGAGAGUGUUCUGCUCAACGCCAGUUGGAAAGGGAACAAGGCAACAAAGGGUCUUGGGGCACCUGAAAGGCCAACUGAUUUACUGCGCCAAGAGCUUUUGCUGACAAGAGCCCACCCACUUGUGCCAGCUGCUCCCUUGCCCAAAUAGAGCAGAACUUAAGCAUGUCAUUGACACCUUGUGGCAUGCUCUACUCAGGCUGGGCCAUGGUCCGGAGGCACCCACAAAGAACAGGCUUCAAAGGGAAUCAUCCCUUUGGAGAUGGACUAAGGGUGAAGGACCAGUUCCUGGCCUGUAUUUUUAGGUACGGACCUAUUCCUCUUUUGAGAAGGGGCAGACGGACAAGGGACUGCAGACUGGUUCAAGUAAGGGCUGGCAAGCCCACGGGCCUCACAGAGGAGAACCAUAGAACUCAAGAGGAUGAGUGUCUUCAUCCAGCCUUCACCAACCUGGUGCCCCCUAGCAGUUCUGAACUAUAACUCUCAUUGGCCUGAGGAGAUCUAUGCCAUGAGAGAGGGAAAAGGUUUCUUGUGCUUUCACCCCCUUUUUGUAGGAGGGAAAGUUCCACCCGAGUUGUCAGCUUCUGGUUUUUCUGCAAUUUAGCUCAAGCAUCCAGAGCUGCCAAUUCAUUUUGCUAGCCCCGCUCCUAUGCCGGGGUUGGGGAACUUUUAUUUCAGCCCUAGGGCUGCAUUCUCUUCUGGGCAACCUUCCAAGGGCCCCAGUGCGACAAAGCUGGUUGUCUUCCCCUAAAUCUGCCUUUGCUAGCAGGCUAGUUUCUGCCUACAUCUGCAGGCCCCUCCCUAUCUUCCACCCAAGGAAGCAAGAGGCAUUAUCUGGAGUUCAGAGGCAUGAUGCAACAAGGGGGGGGGGGAAACACUUGAGGAGGGGGUGAAUCAGGUCCGGUGAGGGGUGUAGCAUGGGGAAAGUUGUGAGGGCCAGAUAAGGAUACCUGGGGGGCACAUUUGCCUCCCAAGUCUGUGCUUCCCCACUUCUGUCUUGUGCUGUUCCAGACAGCCGUUCCCCAAAAUUAAGUGGGAGGAACUUGUUCUCAUUGCUUCACCCCCAUGCCAGGAAAAAGCCUCACCAAUAGAGUCAGUGUGGGGUAGUGGUUAGAGUUUCAGGCUACGGUCAGAGAGACCAGGGUUCAAAUACCCAUUUGGCUGUGAAGCUCACUGGAUGUGACUUGGGGCCAGUCACGGCCUCUCUGCCUAACCUACUUCACAGGGUUGGUGUGGGGAUUAAUUGAGGAGAGGGAGAACAAUGUGUGCCACCUUGAACUCCAUGUUGAAAAGGUGGGAAAUAAGUGCAAUAAAUAAAGAAAUAAAGAAACGGUGUCUCCACAUCUGCCUGUUGUUACCACCACAGGAACUGUGGCAAAAGAGUGAAAGUUGGCAACCUUUUCAGUGUCUCUGGGCUUCUUUUGCUUUGCACAGAAAAAGGAAAGGCAGGGUGGAGUUUGGGAGGUGGGAGGAAUCUCUUUUCCCCUCCCGGUUGGGUAUAUAAGAGAUUGUUGACCUGUUUUAUUGCAUAUACUGCAACCCUGAUGUUAAUCUCGGCCUAAGCCACCCUGAGAACUUGGUUAUUUGGCAUACAGAUGCCUGAAAUAAAAAUAAGAAAAUUGUGCUUCCUUGGGUCAGGGGGGUGGUGAGAAGCUCCCAGGGAGCAGGACACAGGCAUGGUCAGGAUCUGAGGGAAUUCAUGUUCCCAGGCUUUUGGCCGUUAGUGGCUACUGGGAAAUUCUCUCUGCCCCCUCCCUCCCUCCCGCCCCACCCUCAUGAUCUGUCAGAUACCAUCACUGAUGCUAUCUGAGGUUUCCAUCUCAGGAGACUGCCGGCCCACAACUUUAAUGUUUCAGCUCCAAAACCUUGAAAAUAAAGAGAAUGAGACUGUUACUUCCCUGCCCAAUGAGGACUGCUGAUUUUGAUUCUGGAAAUAUUGACCUCCCUGAGCAGAACCAGUGUGGGGAAAGAAGUGGCCCAGUCCAAGUAGGCAGCCUUGGUUUUUGGACCCCAGGGAAGCCCACUGGAAUGUGAUUUUACUGGUCAGACGGCUAACAUAAACACCUUCUGAGGUAAAAUAAAAAAAAUCCUUCAGUAGCACCUUAAAGACCAACUAAGUUUUUAUUUUGGUAUGACCAACACGGCUACCUACCUGUAACCUUCUGAGGUAGGUUAGGCUGAGAGAUUAAUAGUGGCCCAUGGCUCACCCAGCAAGAUUUGUGGCUGAGCUGGGAAUUGAACACUGGUCUCCAAAGUCCUGGCUCCACACUUUAACCCCUAACCCAUGCUGGUUCAGCACUCCAGACUGAUCCAGUCCUGAUCCUGAUAGGAAUUGCCCAUCGGCCUCUGCAUGUACAGUGGUCCCUCGACUUAUGAACGUAAUCCGUUCCGAAUGCACAUUCGUAGGUCGAAAAGCUCAUAAGUCGAAACGCGGCUUCCCAUAGGAAAAAAAUAUUCGGAAAAAUUCGUAAGUCGAGGAAACCACAUUUAAAGCCGCCAACGGUUUCUGUUCGGAUGUAGAAAAAUUCCUAAGCGUGCGGCCAUUUGACCUGUUCAUAAGUCGAAACCUAUGAAAGUCGAGUCAUUCGUAAGUUGAGGGACCACUGUACUUGAUUGGCUACCGUUCAGCAUGGGGUGGGGGGUGCUUCCCCUUUCCCCUUGCCUGAUCUGAUUUCUGAAUCUGCCAGGUUUCUGUGAUUCACUUUUAUGAUGAUGUAAAACCUGCAAGAAUCGAGCCUGCAUGAAUCCCACUCCUAAUGUGACUUUUUGCACCAUUUCCACUUUUGUGUGAGAGAAAUCCAGUGGUGAUUUGAGAGCAAAACCCUACUGAUUUUCUCCUCCAUAUCUCAGGGUUGCCAUAAGUCUGGGGAAACCUGGACAUGCCCUCUUUUUGGGGCCCAUCGGGACAGAUUUUUACAUUUUAAAGGAAAUGUGGGGGGGGGGUUUCAGCCUUGGGUGGCUCAGGCUGAUCAGCACGCUGCAGCCACUGCCAGCCUGAGCUGGGGAAAGAGGCGUGUAGGCACGGCAGCAGCCCUGUGCACCCGCGUGCCUCUCUCCCUGGCUCGGGCUGGCAGCAGCUUGGGCUGUCCUCUCUUUUGCUCUUCAAGAUAUGGCAACCCUACCAUAUCUUAUCCUCACAACAACCCUGUGAGGUAAGUCAGGCUCAGAGGCAGUGACUGUUCCCAGGUCACCCAGCAAGCUGCAUAGCUGAAUUGGGGCCAGGUCCUAGUCCAAUACUCUAACCACUAUACCAUGCUGGCUCUCCAGGUUGUUCCUAAAGUUCAUGACUUUCAAGAAAACUGAGGGAGUAAGGUAAAGGAGGGGCGGUGAAGUUAGAGAAAUGUAUGGGCACAUUUUAUAUAAAUAUAUAUUUUCCUUCAUGUUGUAAUUUAUAUCCUUGUUUUAAUGCCCUUACCGUAAAUGCUUGCAUCUUUUCCGUCUGUAAUGAGAUUUGUGGCAUGCAGAGUACUGGGAAAACUAUUUCUUUCUUUCUUUUUAAUUUAAUAAAGGUUUUUGGUUUUGUGUAAUGUACAUUCUGCUGUUCAGAAAUCAAUAGGAGGGAACAUAAAAUAUAUAUACACAUGAAAAUGAACCCAGCGCUGCAAAUGUGGGCAUCUUAAGUUCAUGAUGGUUUUAAGACUGGGGUGGGGGGUGGGGUGUAUGUGGAAGGUAUUUGAGACUUGAUGCAUUUGAAAUGCAAAUUGUUCAACCAAGUCAUUUUUUGUUAAUGUUCGGCCUGCAAGGUCAGGAGCGAAAGCAUUGAUAUUUUAAUUUCUUGUACAAUGGGGACGGUGGAACAUCUGGGCUAAUUUCAUUCAUUUUAAUAACUUGUACGACGCUUAAUAUAACAAAAUCUCUUUAAGUGGUUCGUACAAUUCACAACCAUAAAACCACAAGCAGAAAGUCAUCGGAAAAACUGAAAUUAAGCCUUCAGCCUGUAACGGCGCUUAGAACAAAAGACACAAGUGACCCAUGCUCAAACCUUAAACGGUGGUUAAUUUUAACCACUGUCUGCUGUAACAAGCCAACGUUUGAAGUUGGACUCCAAACUUCCAUAAUAACCCCCAACCAUUGGCCAUGCUGGCUGCUGAGAGCUGGAGUCCAGCAACAUUUGGAGAACCAGAGGUUUCCCACCCCUGGAGGCAACUGGAGAGCUCUUCCUGCUCCAAGGAAAUGAAUGAGAUGCAAAUCAUAGGAAUGCCAGAAGCACUGAGAUAACAGACAUCUCUAGCCCCAUUGGCUCCAGAAUGGUCUUAUUGGCUGGUUGUGGGUGGGGAUUUUCCCAGCAGUACCACCCGAGUUCCUUUAAUGCAGGGAUAUGGAACUUGCUCAGCCCAAAGGCCACAUGCCAAAAUAUGGCUGGGGAAAUGGAUGUGAUUCUUACCUUUACAUUCCAGCCACAUACAGGUCAGAGGCUUCUGCACCCACAUACAUCUUUUCAUCCUCCAGUGGCACCCUUUCAGGGUUGAUAUGACGCAUCUGAUGCAGCCAGUCUCAAAGGCCUCACCACUACUUUUUGUUUUAACUUACAAUUUCAGCAUAGUCUUCAAGGGCAGUCCCACAUUGGAUAUGUUGCAGUAGUCAAAGCAUGUUUCCAAGCAUGGAUACCAUGGGAGGCUAUCUUCAUCUGGGAUAGUCCAUAGUUGGCACACCAAUCUAAGCUGCUGAAAGGUGCUUUGUGCCAACAGGGCUACCGGGGUCUAUAGAGAGAGAGUCGUAAUAGCACAAGGGGCAAGUCUGGAUGAAACACUAUUGAGAACAUGCUGCACAGCUGUUUCCUAAAUUGGACAAAGCACCUACCCACAGCAUCUCCAUCUUAUCAUGGCUGGGUUUCAGCUUAUUGGCUGAGCAUUGGUUCAUAAUUUCCAACAGCAUCCCCUGAAUUUGAUGAAAAAGGGAACUAAGAGAUGGGUGUCUUCAGUAUACAGGGGUGGAGUAUACAGCAUUCAGUGUUGGAGGACAACACUGAUCUGUGUGAUAUAGCCUAGCACAGACAUCCCCAAACUUCGGCCCUCCAGAUGUUUUGGACUACAAUUCCCAUCUUCCCCUACCACUGGUCCUGUUAGCUAGGGAUCAUGGGAGUUGUAGGCCAAAACAUCUGGAGAGCCGCAGUUUGGGGGUGCCUGGCCUAGCAUAAAUGUCAUGAAGCAGAGCAAUAAUUCGCAAAGUGCCACCACCUGGAGUUUGCCAAUGAGGGAUGAAUAGAAAUGCCAAAACACAAUGUCCCCGAUCCCACAUCCAAUAGCCACCCCAAGAGGAUUCCUUGAUGUUUGGUAAUGAAAGCUGCUGCCCCCCCCCCCCGGUCCUCCAUAGCCUCCCCUUUUAGAUAAUGGCACAGGUUAUUUACGGAAAAAACGAUGCAUGUCCUUUUGACAUACUGUGGUGUGUUUGGGUGGAAUCGCAGCAGGUGUGUUGUUUAAGUGCAGCCCACCCCCCUUUCGUUUUCUGAGUGUGCAUGGAGAAAGGGCAUCCUUUUUUUUGUAAUUUCCCCCUCUCAUGGCACUAGAACUGGUGGACGUCCAAUGAAGCUGAAUGGUGGAAGAUGAAGUACAGAUAAAAGAAAGAACUUCACUCAGCACAUAGUUAAACUUUGGAACUCCUGCAGGAGGUGGUGAUGGCCACCAACUUGAGUGGCUGUUAUUAAUAGAUUGCUAUUAAUAGAUAAUUAAUAAAUAAUUAAUUAAUAUUAAUGGUUCUAUUAAUAGAGGACUGGACUCAUUCAUUGAGGAGACGCUUCUGAAUAUUAGUUGCUGGAAGCCCCGCAAGCGGAGAGUGCGCUUGGUUCUGGGUCCCUGUUUGCCCCUGUGAGAACAGGAUGUGAGAACAGGAUGCUAGAUGGACCCUUGGCCUGAUCCAGCAGGGCACCCCUGAUUUUGCAACGGGUUUUUCUGUGCGCUGGAAUCGAAACAUUCCGGCCAGGAUCCAUCUCUCCACGAGUCCGCCUCUCCCACCCCGCCCACCAAAAUGUCAAGAUCCCUUUCGGGGGGGGGGGCGUCCUGCUAAAGCCAGAGGGCGGCCAAAUUUCCACCCGGCUCAUGCACACGCGCGCGCCUUCCCUCCCUCCUCCCUCCUCCUCUCGGCCACAAAGGAAGCGAGAGAGCCCCGGCUGGCUUCGGGCAGCUGCUCCAACACCCCCCCCCUCACGUCCUGCCCGCGUGCGCUCCUCGCCUCUCGCUCUGCGGCGCUGCAGCUGUCGCUGCCCUUCAGUCAGCCCCGGCCGGGCCAUCAUCCCGGGGCAGGGUCUGGGCCAAGGAAGGAGAGAGAGGCGAGGCUGGCCUUUGGAGGGAGGGCGAGAGCCGAGCGCGCCUGAGCCUUGCCCGAAUUGCUCCCGCAAUAGCCUCUCGGACCCGAUCCAGGGCCGUCGAGGCGCAGACGUGGAAAGAAAGGCCGCCGCCACCCGCGCGUCUCCGCCCCGCGCCGCUUCUUUUAUUAAACCUCAUCACAAAUUCCCAACGCAUCUGGAUUUGCACAGACGAGUGGAAUACCAUGAACUAAAAAGCGGCAACAAACCUUUUUUUGUGCUUAGAUUUUUUAUUUUGUGAUUUUCUACUUUUUUUGUUUUUUUAAAACGAUUUUUUGGAUGACAGCACUUUGAAAAACAAGGUGUUUUCCUUUUUUUUUUUAAUUUUUGGAAAUUAAAAAAUUACACCGUGAGGAUCUCAGGAGAAGAUGGGGAGAAAAAAGAUCCAGAUCCAGAGGAUUACGGACGAGAGGAACCGGCAGGUGACAUUCACCAAGCGGAAGUUUGGGCUGAUGAAGAAGGCUUAUGAACUGAGCGUCCUCUGCGACUGCGAGAUUGCCCUGAUCAUCUUCAACCACUCAAACAAGCUGUUCCAGUAUGCCAGCACCGACAUGGACAAGGUCCUCCUCAAAUACACAGAGUAUAACGAACCUCACGAGAGCCGGACCAACGCGGAUAUCAUUGAGACAUUAAGAAAGAAAGGUUUUAAUGGUUGCGACAGUCCAGAACCCGACGGGGAAGACUCCAUUGACCAAAGCCCUCUGAUGGAAGACAAAUACCGUAAAGCCAGCGAGGAUCUUGACAUCCUGUUCAAGCGCUAUGGUUCUGCAGUUCCGGCUCCGAAUUUUGCCAUGCCUGUUACGGUUCCAGUGACCAACCAGAACACGCUGCAGUUCAGUAACCCAGGAGGCACCUUAGUGACCCAGUCCCUCGUGACCUCCUCCUUGACUGACCCGCGCCUCCUCUCACCACAGCAACCGACCCUCCAGCGAAACACAGUCUCUCCUGGCCUCCCGCAGAGGCCAGCCAGCGCAGGGGCAAUGCUUGGAGGCGACCUCAACAACACAAAUGGAGCCUGCCCGAGCCCAGUAGGGAAUGGUUACGUCAGCGCCAGAGCCUCCCCGGGUCUCCUUCCCGUGUCCAAUGGCAACAGCCUAGGCAAGGUCAUCCCGGCAAAAUCGCCGCCGCCACCCUCUCAUGGCACUCAGCUGGCUGCCAACAACCGCAAACCAGACUUGCGCGUCAUCACAUCACAGAGCGGAAAGGGUCUCAUGCACCAUUUGACAGAGGAUCACUUGGAUCUGCAGAACACGCAGAGGCUGAUGGUCUCCCAAGCGACUCAUUCUCUGACCACACCGGUUGUUUCGGUGGCGACUCCAAGCCUCCUGACCCAAGGCUUGCCCUUCUCAGCGAUGCCGACAGCGUACAACACAGAUUACCAGUUGACCAGCGCGGAUCUCUCAUCCCUCUCAUCAUUCAGUUCUGGUCUGUCUCUGAGCAACAUUUCUGCUUGGCAGCAGCAGCAGCAGCAGCAGCAGCAACAGCAGCAGCAGCAACAACAACAACAGCAACAACAACAACAGCAGCAACAGCAACAGCAACAGCAACAGCAACAGCAUCUGGUUCCUGUAUCAUUAAGUAACUUAAUACAAGGAACCCACCUGUCCCACGCCAGCACCUUGACCGUCAACACCAAUCCCAACAUCAGUAUCAAGUCGGAGCCUGUUUCACCCAACCGGGAACGCAACACGGCCACCCCGCUCUCCUCCUUCCCUCACCAGGCCCGGCAUGAGCCUACGGGACGAUCACCCGUCGACAGCCUCAGCAGCAACGCCAGCUCCUAUGAGGGCAACGAGCGGGAAGAUCAGUCCCGGGGCGACUUUGGCUCCUCUCUCGGCCUCCUGAGACCCACUGCCGAGGCCGAGGGGGAGAACCCGUCCGUGAAGCGCAUGCGGUUGGACGCUUGGGUGACAUAACUGCCUCCCCCGGCGGCCCAGCGCCCUCCGUCAGAGCUGGUUUCCGCUCUCCUGCGUGUGUGUCUGGGGGGGCGGGGGAGGCAGUGGUUGGGGAAGUGGGGGGGAACGAGGAGGGGAGGUGUGGGAGGGGGGAGGCACAGGGUGGGCCGGGCGGGCGGGAGGGGGGCUUAUUAUAAACUGCCUGAGAAAUAGCUUUAGGAUUUUGUAGGCGUCCGUUCUAGCGACAUUAUGCAGUACAUUUAUAUAUUUAAAAAAAGGCUCUUGAGGACCGUUUUGAGAGCCACUCAAAAGUCUGACUAUAUAACCCCCCUUACUAGUCACCAAACUCUCUCCCGGCCCUGGGUCCCACCUGACACAGCCCCUGGUGCGAAUGCCAGCCCUGGGCUAGGCCGAGGCUGGUGUAAGGAAACGUCUAGGGUGGGAGGGGGUGGGAAGGGUGGGGUAUCUUGGGUGGCAGAUGGGGCGAGGCUUGGCAGACUGCCAUUUAUUUGUCUAUGGCUGGUCCUAAUGUAGAGACGAGAGAGAGAAGAGUGCCUUUGGAAAGUCAGAGUUGUUACAAAGAGCUAGGAGGAAGAGUGUCUGUUUGCAGGCUUUGGGUGGUAGGGGCAAUAGGCAGCUCAAGGAACAUUAGCUUUAAAGGUGGGGGGCAGUUUGUAGUUCGGCACAACUUGGCAGAAGGAUGGUGGAGAUUGGAGACACCUGCUUCGAAUCUCGCCUGACGGUGUCUUGUACGGAGACAUGGUUGUGUGUUUCGUUUUGCUUUGUUUUUUUUUUUUUUAAAAAAAGAAAUUAGUUUAUCCAGGUAAACGAAGGCUGGAGAAAUGCAAUAGCUUUAAGAGAGCUGAAUCUCUAAUCCGGUGUUUCCCAAACUUUUGAUAAUCUGGGAUGCAGGGUUUUUUUUCUGGAGGGAAAACAAAGAGGCACACUUUGUCCAUAGCACUCCAAAAAGGGAUAUCUCCGAGGAAAAGGGGCAGGAACUCCUUGUCCAGUCCAUUUGGCCCCCUGGCACACCACCCGCCCACAGGAUUGGACCUCUUUGUGGCUACCCAGGCGUCCGUAGGGAUCUUCACUCUUUUGCGUUGAUGUCGCUGCCCUUGCAUUGAUUGAUGGAUGCAUCCAACAUGAUGGCUUAAUGCUCCCAGGCAUGCUGGGCACCUUUUCUCUUUGGCAACUGGGAAUUGUCCCUCUGGCAGGGACAACGGAACAGUGGAAGUGGGUAAACCGGGGCAGCCACUGAACUGGGGUGCGUGAACAUCCACAGAUGUGGAACAGUCAGGGAAGGUGGUCCUUCCAUUCUAGAAAGCUUUCCCUGAGUUGACGUGGUCACGACUUUGCAUUAUCGCUUCAGGGUGUGCCGAUGGCGUGUGCUGUCUCCUCUGCGAGGCAGUACACCCUGAGAAGUCCUGAGAGGGUCAGGUUAAAAAUGGGGCACCUUGCAAUCUAGAGGGUGGUGAUGCCAGGCGUGGGCCAUCCGCUGUCCUUCAUCACAGGGAGCUCUGCUUCAGGGGGGCUUGCUGGAGCCUCUUCACACUUGCCACCACAUGUUCACUCGCAACCACAGUUCCCAUCAGGGUGCUUGCUUCCCCCCCCCAAACACCUACUUACCUUCAGUGCAUCCUUCCCCCUUGUUACUAGGCUGAAAUCUUAGGCAAUUACUUGAACAGGUUUUGGCUGAUCCAGUCAUCGAGUAAAUCUGCAUAAAUUGGAGUAGGAGAGAAAACAAUCAUUUUGGAGGAAAGAAAAAAACAACCCUUGGCCUCACUUGGACUGACUCUGCAGCCUCCGAGAACUCCCAUGGGCAGAUUUUUUAUUUUUGCUUUUGUUUAAUAUGUAUUUAUUUAAAUAAUCGGUGCCCAGGCAAUGGAGGAGGGGGCGAGGUUUUUUAUAAAGUCAAUUAAAAUGUUUUUUUGAAUGGGUUAACUUAACCUAUUACCUGACUUAAGGCUGCAAUCCUCACCUCACUUACCUGGGAACAAGCCUCACUGAAUUCAACAGGGCUCACAUCUGAGUAGACGUGGUUGGGACUGUGCUAUGAAUCGGGUAGCCCUGAUUUUUAUGGGUUGUGUUUUUUUGUGGUUUUUUUUAAAGAACCUGCUGGGUGAAAAGGCUCUUAAGAAGAUGUCCCUGGCUGUGUUGAUUAGGAAGCACAUUGAAGGGCCCCACUUCAAUUCAUAAGGGAAUCAAACACUUGUGGGGUUCCCCUUUCUCUUUGGUCUGAGUAACUGUGCGGAAAAAGUCCAUGGCCAUCUUUCCAGCAGCAAUCCUGGGAGCAAAUCUAAUUGGACUCUGUGGACAUCUAGGAUCGCAUGGUUGUCCUCCUACGAGGAGGAGGGGGUAGUCAACCUGCUGCCUUCUGGAUGCUUUGGACUACAGCUCCCAUUGACCCCAGUCCCCACAGCCAAUAGUGAUGGGAACUGUAGUACGCAACAUCUAGAGGGCACCAUGUUAACUAUACAUGACCCAGAGCAUUCCAGUUUUUCCAAACUCACUUUACUAGUCCCUGUCUUGGCUCCUGACUCCAGGAGCAGACAGGCAUCCCUCAUCAAGUGGAGCCUUGAGAGUCCAGGGCAGGUGGGUCAGAUGAUUUGGCACCAGCAAAAAGCCUGUGGGCAGGGUGAUUUGCCUCCUCCCUUUCCCACGGAAAAACCCUGUGUCCCUCCACGGGGAAUUUAACUACGAAAGGAGGGCAGUCGUGUUGUUAGCUCAGGAAUCUUGUAUCGAAGGGCUGUCUGGGAGCUCCUGGAGGGGAAUGGUGGGGCGCAUUCCUCCGCUUGAGAGCUGCCAAGUGGGGCAGGGGGUAUCAGGGCUCAGUGUGUCGUUUUUUUUAAUAUUUGGGAAGGUAGGGGGUUAGGCUUUGUUUACGUUCAUUCUUGUCCAGAGUUGGGCUUCCAAGCCCCGCACGACCUGCAGGCUGGCUUCCUUGGCCGUCUCAACACGCAGGGCGUCCUUUGGCACGGAAUCGGUUCUGGCUCUGCCCCUCUUGCAGGGAGGGCAGCUGUUGCUCCUGCAGUAGCCCCCCGAAAAGCUUGCAUAGUGGUUGGGGAGAGAGGCAGAGAGGCAUGCAACUCUGGGCAGGCCGAAAGGGGGGGGGGCUUGGUGCAUGGAGAGAGCAGGAUUGCUCUGCUGCUCCCCUGGCAUAGCUCAGAGUGUGUGUGCAUCCAGUCGUUGCACAUAUCCCCCCCACCCUGCCACCGUUGCAGUGGGACGUUGCAAGCCGCUGCUGCUGGUUUUGUCUUUUGUGCAUCCACAAAUCCACUGCGAAUCUUCCACGUCGACUUCCCUUGGCCCACCCCACCCUCUUCCUGCACAGCUUUGCAUAUUCCCCCAGCUAGCCUGCAAAUAAAUGUUUUUUCCCUCCUCUUGUCAGGAGACUUACGGCAGGAAUCGCGGACAUUUCACGAGAAAACCACCCCCAUCGGCUAAUAAGCCUACCUGAACACCAAAGUUGACGUAAACUUUGGGUGGAGAAACAUAGGUGUUUUCAAACUUUCUUUUUGAGGGGCUGUUUUGCUCUCUGACGCCCCUCGUGUGGCUUACAACUUGGGAGCCCUGCUUUGUAGUGGGGGGGGGGGUUGAGAGAGAGAGAGAGAGAAAUGGACCCAUGGCUUAUGGGGCAGUGAUGUACAGAGGAAGGAAGGACCAAGAGCCAGCUGGCCAAAAGUCAGCAGUGGGUUCAUUGGGGAUCUGGGGUAGAAAAAACACAACUUUCUUAAGGCAGAUCAGGCUUGCAAUAUGGCAACUCUUAUCAUUUGUGGGAGGGCACUGCAGAGGGAACUGGCAUUUGCACUCUUGGUUUUUUUUAGAAAGAAGGCCUUUGUGGUGUUUCCAUCCAUCUGGGUUAAUUCAUUGUUUCACACCUGGGACUGUGUAAUUCUACCCGUCCUCCUCCUCCACCUUCUCAUUUUUUGAAAGAUGAGCAGAAGAAUGACAAUCUGAAAUCAACACCCUUGUUUGUAUUUCUAUAAAUAUAUUUCUCAAGAUCUUUUAAUUUUAUUUCUUGUGUUCAUCCGUACUGUUGACAGUUACAUUGUGUAUAUUUUUUUUUAAUUUGGAAAAAAAUAAUAAUUUUUUUUGGCGUUUGUAUAGGGUUUUAGUUUUAAAAAGUUAUAUAUAAAUAUAAAUAUAUAUAUAUAUUAUAUAUAUUUUCCAUUUUUAAAAAGGGGUGUUGCAAAGAAACACAAAAUUGCACGAUUUAAAUAUGACUUUAGUUGAAAAUGCUGCAGUUUUUAGAGAUGUGGGGGGGAAAUGGAGCUUAUUUAUUCUCAAAGGCUACAAAAAAGUGUACAAUGCAUGAAGAGAAAACAUUUACAAGAAAAAAGACAAAAAAAGACAAAAAAGUGUAACCUGAACAAAGUGUAGCGUUUUGAAAAA